AUGAGGGAGUGCAUCUCGAUCCACAUCGGGCAGGCCGGCAUCCAGGUCGGCAACGCGUGCUGGGAACUUUACUGCCUCGAGCACGGCAUCCAGCCUGAUGGCCAGACGAACGGCGACAAGACCAUCGGAGGUGGUGAUGACGCCUUCAACACCUUCUUCAGCGAGACCGGAGCCGGCAAGUACGUGCCCCGUGCGGUCUUCGUCGAUCUUGAGCCCACCGUGAUUGACGAGGUCCGCACCAGCGCCUACCGCCAGCUCUUCCACCCCGAGCAGCUCAUCAGCGGCAAGGAGGACGCCGCCAACAACUUCGCCCGUGGUCACUACACAAUUGGCAAGGAGAUUGUGGAUCUCUGCCUCGACCGCAUCCGCAAGCUGGCCGACAACUGCACUGGCCUGCAGGGCUUCCUGGUCUUCAACGCCGUUGGUGGUGGAACCGGGUCUGGGCUUGGGUCGCUCCUCCUUGAGCGCCUGUCCGUGGACUAUGGAAAGAAGUCCAAGCUCGGGUUCACCGUGUACCCAUCCCCUCAGGUGUCGACCUCUGUGGUCGAGCCCUACAACAGUGUGCUGUCCACCCACUCCCUGCUGGAGCACACCGAUGUCUCCAUCCUGCUCGACAACGAGGCCAUCUACGACAUCUGCAGGCGCUCCCUGGACAUCGAGAGGCCCACCUACACCAACCUGAACCGCCUCGUCUCUCAGGUGAUCUCAUCCCUGACCACCUCCCUGAGGUUCGACGGUGCCCUGAACGUGGAUGUGACUGAGUUCCAGACCAACCUGGUCCCAUACCCGAGGAUCCACUUCAUGCUCUCGUCCUAUGCGCCGGUCAUCUCGGCCGAGAAGGCGUACCACGAGCAGCUGUCGGUGUCUGAGAUCACCAACAGCGCGUUCGAGCCGUCGUCCAUGAUGGCCAAGUGCGACCCGCGCCACGGCAAGUACAUGGCGUGCUGCCUCAUGUACCGGGGCGACGUGGUGCCCAAGGACGUGAACGCGGCGGUGGCCACCAUCAAGACCAAGCGCACCAUCCAGUUCGUGGACUGGUGCCCCACGGGGUUCAAGUGCGGCAUCAACUACCAGCCGCCCACCGUGGUGCCUGGCGGCGACCUGGCCAAGGUGCAGAGGGCCGUCUGCAUGAUCUCCAACUCCACCAGCGUCGUCGAGGUCUUCUCCCGCAUCGACCACAAGUUCGACCUCAUGUACGCCAAGCGCGCCUUCGUGCACUGGUAUGUGGGCGAGGGCAUGGAGGAGGGCGAGUUCUCCGAGGCCCGUGAGGACCUGGCUGCCCUGGAGAAGGACUACGAGGAGGUCGGCGCUGAGGGUGGCGACGAUGAGGAUGGCGAGGAGGACGACGACUACUGA